AUGAACGUGACGGCUCCUCUGACGCUGCUGCUUCUCUCUGCAGCUGGCCUGCUCAGCGGUGCGCUGCUGCCCAAAAACUUGCUGCAGUUCGGGAGCAUGAUCCAGUGCGCUCAGCCCGGCAUUAGCCCUUUCAACUACAACGAAUACGGCUGCUGGUGUGGCGUCGGGGGGAGGGGAACCCCUCGGGAUGAAGUGGACAUGUGCUGCAAAGUCCACGAUAACUGCUACGAAACGAGCAGAAAGACUCCUGGAUGCACGGCUCUCGUUGACCUUCCCUAUAUUAUCACUUAUGAUUACACCUGUUCGGCUCAGCAGGUGACCUGCUCAGCCUCCAACAACAAGUGCCAGGCUGCUGUGUGCGAGUGCGACCGGGUGGCGGCCCACUGCUUCGCUCAGGCCACGUACAACCCCGACAACAAGAACCUGGAUCCCAAAGUCCACUGUGUCAACUGA